AGACCGCCGCCGCCACUCCCGGAAGUUUGCGCCAAAGUUUAGCUUACAUGAGACGCGACCACUAUGUUCGGUUCAGAAAACUACUGUUUAGUAGUCCUUACUGUGGCUGUCAAACGCGUUCCGUGAAUUCCGAUGUUUCGUGGAGUUCUAUUGUCUGUUCUCAGCAGAUGCCAGUGUUAUGAUCAGACAGCAUGAUGAUGGCACACUAAUGGACACAAGUAAAAGCUCUGGAGAGGCUGAUGCUGAUGAUGGGAGCUCCAGAGAGCGCGGUGUGCUCCACCGGUGGAGGGGCUACUCCUGCAGUGUCAGCCCAGAGAGAGUGCUCCUCUCCAGGCCUGUGCUCCAGGCUGCCCUGGGCUCCUGCCAUGGCCUACUGCUGACUGAAGGUGGGUUUGUGUACAGCUUUGGCGAGUUGCCAUGGAAACAGGGCGCGGGGUCCCACUCGCCGGAGCCCCUGCAGGAGGCGUGUCUGAACGGGCGCGGCGUGGUCUCGGUGGCGUCCGGAAGCUUCCACUGCGGGGCGGUGACGCGCGACGGCUGCGUGCUGAUGUGGGGCGACAACAGCCACGGGCAGUGCGGCCUGGCGGGGCGGAGCCAGGUGCCCAGCCCCACGCCCAUCACGCUGCUGGACACGGAGGGCGCCGUGCCGCGGCUGGUGCGGGCCAAGAGCGUGGCGUGCGGCGCCCAGCACACGCUGGCGCUCUCCGUCGGGCACGAGGUGUGGGCGUGGGGCAGCGGGUGCCAGCUCGGACUGGUCUCCCAGGGCAACGCGCCCGUCUGCCGACCGCAGAAGGUAGAAGACCUGGCUGGCAGGUAUGUGGUGCAGGUGGCUUGUGGGGGGUUCCACAGCCUGGCCCUGGUGCGCUCGCUGCCCCCGUCCUCAGCCCGCACGCUUUCCCUGGACAAGUGCGGCCGCUGCCAGCAGCUCCUCUACACCAUGAUCGACCGCGACGACCACGUCAUCAUCUCCGACAACCACUACUGCCCCCUAGGGGUGGAGCUCAACGAGGACAUGGGGCAGGACGGUACCCCAGAGAAACAGCAGCAGCAGCAGCAGCAGGCUGAGGAGGAGCCGCUAGGUCAAAGUUCAGAAGGUCAGGGGUCAAACGUGGUCACUCUAGAUGUGAAUCACAUAGGAUUGUCACUGUCGUCGGAGGCGUUCUGUCCCAGGGUGGGCUCUGCUGGAGAUUCUCCAGAGGCAGGUUCUAAAGCGGAGAACCUGGUAGAACCUGAUGAGGGGAGCACACCAGCACAAACAGACACUGCCAAAUCGCCUGUGAGGAGAACCAGGAGUUCUCAGUUCCCCGACGAGCAGGAGCUAAAGAACUACCUCAAGCGCAUGUCGGAUCUGUCCCUGACGGAGCAGACUGGCACUGCCACCCACUCCGCUCCCUCCUCGCCAGUCAGCGACCAGCCCAGCACCACCCCUACGUCAGCGCCAGGCCUCACGCCAGCCCCCACCCACCCUCCUCCGCCUGCCAGUCAUGGCAACCAGCUCCAUCAUGGUGGGAACCAACCAGGUGUGACCCAACCUGUUGUCCCUCUCCAUACACCUGCCUGCCUGCCCUCCUGUCCGCACACUCACCUGAACCCCGCCUUCGACGAGCACCUGGCGUCCACCUGCGACGACACCUUUGACGAGGACUCUGGCCUGGAGCGGGACCUGGAGCCCGGCGGGCGGGGGGGCGGAGCAGAGGGGGAGGGGGAGGGAGGGGGGGGCGUGCAGGGGCUGUGUGAGGGGGGGGCGCGGGACCCCCUGAGUGGGCUGCUGAGGGUGCAGGAGCGGGAGGGGGAGAGGGGGGGUCACCAGGCCGCCAGGAGCGCCAGCAUGAUGGACGUGCGGCUGGAGGACGCCAGCAGCAGCAGCAGCAGCAGGAAGACCGGACGCAGGAACUCACUACCUGGGCUCACCUGUCAGGGCUCCCCACUGUUGCCAAAGCUGGGUCAUCGGAGAGUUGGCUCUGCAGGAGGCAAGAAGAUGCCCGUUCCCGUGGAAACGGAACCUCUGCUGCCCUCUCUGUACACAGAGGUGUGGAGUUGGGGGCGUGGCCAGGAGGGCCAACUGGGCCAUGGGGACCGCCUACCCAGGCUGCAGCCGCUCUGUAUUAAGACGCUGAGUAAAAGGGAAGUGGUGAAGGUGGAGGCUGGGGCUCACCACUCUCUAGCCCUCACGGCACAGUGUCAGGUGUUCUCCUGGGGCAGCAAUAAAGCAGGGCAGCUGGGACACCUGAACUCUCUGAGCACGGCUCCUCAACCCGUUAAGAUGUCAGAGGGGAUCCACGUGUGGGAUGUGGGUGCCGGUCAGACCCACACGCUGCUGCUGGCCGACGGGGACUGUGUCCAGCCCAUCCUCUACUACAGCGGGGAGCAGGUGGCCGAGGACGGGCCUACCGGCACAUACACACAGACGCCCGCUCUACUGCCAUUCUGCAUGAACAUGGGUUAUGUGAGCAAGGUUUUUGCCGGCGGUCAGACCUGCCUCGCUCUGUCGGACCAGAACAUCAUGGGUUUCAUCUCCACUCUGCACGAGCUCUGCGCUGCGGAGAGGAAGUUCUACUGCCGCCUCAGCGCCGUCAGGAGCCAGAUACUACGCCCCCUACUGGCACGGGAGAGUGUGCAGGCGUCUCUGGGCCAGUCCUUCAUGCUCCUGCAGACCCUGGCAGGAAGUUUCAGUCGGCUUUGUCACCUGAUUGGUCAGCACUCCGUCUCCCUGACCCGCUUCCUGCAGAGAGAGAGGGAUGUGCGGAGUCUGGCCGUGCUCAAACAGACGGGCAUCUUCCUGGACACCUAUAAGGAGUACAGCAGCUCAGUGGGGAACUUCAUGGUGAUGGGUGGCUUCCUAAGCCUGCUCAAACCCUUGCUGGAGUGUUUUGGGAAGAAGCUGGAGGUUCUUCAGCAGCUGUCGGAGCCCAAAGACAAAGGUUCCCCUACCGGCUCCAGUCCUGGUUCCAGUUCUGGUCCUGGUCUGCUGCAGUCACUGCUCUACCUGCCCGUCAAACACAUGCACCAGUACAGUCGGCUCCUGCUGAAGCUGGCCACCUGCUUCCAUGUGGAGUCUGAGGAGUACUCUCUGCUGGAUGAGCGCUGCUCCCGGUUUGAGGCUGCGGCACUGCAGCUGCUCAAGCAGAGGAAGGAGGCAGAGAAGACGCUGGACUUCUGGAGGAGUCUGCCCACCAAGGCCUCUGAUGCCUUGCGGACUCCUUGUCGGCGGUUGGUGUGUGAGAGCAACUAUAAAGCCCUGACCCUCCAGAACGCAGGCCGCUUCUCCGUCAACCGCUUCAUCCUCUUCAACGACGCGCUUGUCCACACACAGGGCAACAUUCCGUCUAAGAAGUUUUUCUCGUCUUACCACGUCUAUCCCCUGGCCACCCUGUGGAUUGAGCCUCUGUGUGAAGAAGAUGACGGACUGUUUGGCCUGAAGUUCACCACUCCAGAGGACAGUUUUACAGCCCUGGCCUCAUCUCCCGCUGAGAAGGCCAGCUGGCUUCGCUCCAUAAACCAGGCUGUGGAGAAGCUUCUGGAAGCGGAGAUGGACGCCAAGGUCACAGGGUCAAGCCUAGGCCUGGGGUCAAGCGGGGGUCAUCGGACGGAGUCGCGGAUGUCCCGCACGGCCACACACACCUUCGCCAAGGAGGGCCGCUACAAGGACGCCACCUACGAGGGACGCUGGCUGUGUGGCAAACCGCAUGGCAGGGGUACCAUCAGGUGGCCUGACGGACGCGUCUACAUCGGCAUGUUCAAGCACGGCCAGGAGGACGGGUUUGGAGACUUUGUCAUCCCCAUUAAGAACUCCCAUAAGACGGACCACUACCAGGGCCACUGCAAGGAGGGCAAGAUGCACGGCUUUGGGACCUACUGGUAUGCGUCUGGCGAGGUGUACGAGGGCUCGUUCUGGGAGCACCAGCGGCACGGCCACGGCAUGCUGAGCAGCGGCAAGAUGGCCUCCUCCUCCUCCAGCGUCUUCGUCGGACACUGGGUCCACGACCGCAAGGCGGGGUACGGCGUCUUCGACGACAUCACCAGAGGUGAGAAGUAUAUGGGCCUGUGGGUGGACGAUCAGAAGCAGGGGCAUGGCGUGGUGGUCACCCAGUUUGGCCUCUACUAUGAGGGACAGUUCAGCUCUAACAAGAUGAUGGGCCUGGGCCUGCUGCUGGCUGAUGAUGACACAGCCUAUGAAGGAGACUUCUCAGAAGACUGGACCCUCAAUGGGAAGGGGGUGCUGUCUCUCCCUAACGGUGAUAAAAUGGAGGGAGUGUUUGUGGGCCAGUGGAGCUCUGGCCUGAAGAUCGCAGGCACCUACCAGAAGCCCAACCCCUACGGGCCGGAGAGAGACCGGGAGAGGACCAGACCAUGUAAGCUGGGUGGCAUGGCGGUGCCUGCGGAUCAGAAGUGGGCAGCUGUGUUUGAGGAGUGCUGGAGGCGGCUGGGCUGUGACUCGCCUGGACGAGGAGACACCAGCAGAGCCUGGGACAGCAUCGCCAUCAGCCUGACACAGAGACAGCACAGAGACAGUCCUGAGCUUCUGACGCGCUCUCAGCAUAUGACCCUGGAAUGUCUGGAGGUCAUUCCCCAACUCAAUGGACAGUUCACCGCAGAGACCUACAACAACGUCCGACGCUACCUCAUCAAGGCGUGUGACACGCCGCUGCACCCUCUGGGCUGGCUGCUGGAGACGCUGGUGACGGUGUACCGGAUGACCUAUGUGGGUGUGGGCUCAAACAGACGCCUGCUGCAACAGGCCGUGCUGGAGAUACAGUCCUACAUCUCCCGCAUCUACCAGCUGGUGAGGUUCCUCUUCCCCAGUCUCCCCGAGGAUGGCACUUUUAUUCAGGAGGUUUCUGUGGUGGAGACCCUGUGCAGUUCCACAGACUCUGGCCUGCACUCAGAGAUUCCUGAGCAGGGGUUUGUGGUGAGCUGCUGUUCCCUGCUGCUGCCGGUGCUGCUGCCGCGCCUGUACCCGCCGCUGUUCACGCUCUACUCUCUGGAGCACGAGAGGGAGGACGAGCUCUACUGGGACUGCGUCUCCCGCCUCAACAAGCAGCCCGACAGAGCACUCAUGGGCUUCCUGGGGGUCCACCAGAAGUUCUGGCCAGUCGCCGCCAUCUCUGUUUUGGGUGAUCCAGAAGAGGUCCUGACCAGCACUAAAGACGCCUGUUACGCCACAGCUGUGGAGACCCUUCAGCAGAUAAGCACCACCUUCACUCCUGCCAACAAGCUGCUGGUGAUCAGGCACACGUUUGAGGAGAUGACCCAGGAGGCCCAGACUCUGCUGGACGAGGACUUCAGGUGGUCCAUGGACGACCUCUUCCCCCUCUUCCUCUAUGUGGUGUUGCGAGCCCGUAUCAGGAACCUGGGUUCAGAGGUGAGCCUGAUAGAGGACCUGAUGGACCCCCAUCUCCAGCACGGAGAAGACGGACUCAUGUUCACCACCCUCAAGGCUUGCUACUUCCAGAUCCAGCGAGAGAAGACCGCAUAAGAGGACACGUCAAGAUGGCCGCCCUGGACUCAGAUCUGACCCUGUGCCCUGGUCAGAUCCAUUUCUGAGCCAUCUGCUCACAGAGUCUUUGCCCUGACCAAGACAUGGUUGGUGCUGUAAUGGACUGUGUACUGUAGCUAUAGAACAGCUAGCCCAAACCGCUAGCAGAUAAAGGGUUGAGAUGGUCAGCACGCAGAACCAUUUGCUGAGACUCUUCGAAGCCCUGUAAGCUACCAAGCUAACAGCUAACUCUUUGAAGACACUUGCUAGUCAGUGUGUGUGUGUGUGUGUGUGUGUGUGUGUGUGAAAGAGACAGUGAGAGAGAUUGUGUCUCUCUGUGUGUGUGUGUGUGUGUGUGUGUGUGUAUGUGUGUGUGUGUGUGUGUGUGUGAAAGAGACAGCGAGAGAGAUUGUGUGUGUGUGUGUGUGUGUGUGUGACAGAGAGAGAGAGAGAGGUUCAAGGUGGUUGCAGUAGUUAACCAAGAAGUGAAACCACCUUGAACUAUUUCACAGUUUCAAUACACUCCAGAGUUUGUGUAUUACCUCUACGAGAUGAGAGUGUCAUCACUGUAGGCUACUCAUUAGCUAUUAGCUUUGAUCCACCAUGAUAGUGUUAACUGCAUCAGCCAAUUAAUUCAGCUACUGCCUUUGAAAAGACUGACCAUAAUGUACAUUAAGGAGGAUGUGUGUCAUUAAUUAGCUACUGUAUGUACAGUAUGCAAAGCCUCAGGGUUCUUUGCAUUAAUGCAGAGACGUAUGGCAGGGAAAACAGUUAGCCAAAGUAACUGUUAGCGUUAGCCAGAUAGCGUCUGUGUCGGGAAUGGACCUACAGUAUAGAGGCGAUCCACAAUAAGGCCUUAUCCAAGUUGUCAUUGUGUGACCAAAACACUCCUUAAUUACUGCCACCAUUCUACUUGCACUCUGUUUUAUUUGCAGCCUUUUAACUAUUCAAAUCUUCAGUCCAAUGUUGGCGUAAUGAAGGCUUGAAUGGUUCAAAUGUUGCAAAUGGAAAAAAAUAUAUCACACAUAUGAUAUGUUUUCCUUCACUUUCACCCAAGCACCAUGUGUUUUUUGUAAGUAUAUUGUUUUGCCCUUUUUUGCCUUAAUAUCAAUAGGAAAGUAGAGAGAUGGGAAGUGAGUGGAAUAGGGAUGGGUUAGGACCAGGACACGACCGCAGGCCAGAAUCAAACCUGGGUCCCCAUGGGCACUGAGACCCUAAUGUGGGAUGGUGCUGCCACUUGCACCUCCACCUAGCACCACAUGUGGCCCAGUUAGGCUCGGGUCGGAUGCAUGGACACCCUAUCCAGCUGUUCUACAAGUCAGUUGUGGAGUGCAAUGUCAUGUUCUACUGUAGGUCCUGCUGUUGUUGCAGUACAGUAUGUGCUAGCGGUUUGGUCAGAGUUAUGGGAGCACUUUUCUUAAUACACUUUUCAGUACACUUUAAAUUAGGCCACAAGUGAUAACUGCAGAGUUAUGAGACUUGUCUUUGUAUUUUCCCCCUGACGUACUUAUUAUAACAUGUGGGAUCAUGAGAUGACGUUGCAUAAAUAUCACUGACAUACAAGAGGUUCUUCAUAGAGAAUAAUGCAGAGAGAGAGAGAGAGAGAGUAACUUUUGGCAGUUUGUACUUGCCAUAAUCAAACUGCGUUCAAACCCUUUGUUACUCCAUUUGAGUACAUUGUAUCCACAACUAGGCUUCUAGAACUCAAUUCCCACCAAUCCAGCAUUCCUGCAAUGAACAAGGCUAUGGAGUCUGGAAAAUGGCACGGCAGAAAGUCAUUAUUAUGUGGUCGGUCUCAUUAAAGAGGCCUCUCUGCAUUGUGGAUGGGGAUGCAGAUUACCCGCAUUAUUACAUAAAACCUGCUGAAACACUGGUUUGCCAAAAGGGAUCCAAUUUUUAGGGUUUAAAGGGAUGUAUUUUCUACUGUUAGAAAAAAGAGAAAACACUGGAAAUAUCUAAUGAUUGUCAGAAAAAAAUAACUUAUUUUUGUGAAAUGAAAACCAUUGCAAAAAAAAAGAAUAGUUUAUUUUUUAAAUCCUAUUUAGGAAAUGUAUCCUGCUGUGGUUUGUUGUUGUCUAAAGCUGGGGGGUGAUUUCAGCUGCUUUUAAAUGAUUGUUUUAUUGGGCGUUCUCCUGGGAUUAGAAUGUGAUUGAAUUAAAAUGGCCAAUACUUUGAUGAGAGGCGAUAAUGGAGAAAAGCUGUCAUUAUGAUUCACCACAGAAUUAAACACACAAGGUCAUGACACCUUAGACGUCCUUGAGCCCCCGGGCCACACACGGAGAUACAGGAAGGAAGAGUAGAAGCACUGUUUAUAGAUUUAGAAUAUAGAACCUUUCAACAAGAAAAACGAAAAACAAUGCUUGAACGUUCCGUUUUGUUCCCAAACUGCUUCCGCUGUUAGAAUGUUGAAACGGAAACCUUGUGGGAAACAACUGACACUGAUAAUGGAACUCUCUUGAAUCGGUCUGCAGAGCGCUGUGCUCUCGAAUCUUUGGUCACAGCUUUCUGCAGAGCAGGAAGGAUGCUUGCGUCCGAUUGUCUUAAUCGAUCUAAUAAUGAUGGAGUGAUUUGUCUAUGGAAAGAGAAACAUUCAUAUAAAUGUGCACUGGUUCAUCUCCUUUCCCCACUUGACAAGGAAUACAUACAGGUGAAUGGAAAUUCCCUGUAGUCCUUGUCCCCUUAUUCCGUGUCCCCUUGUUUUGCAUUCAUUUCAAAGUAAGGACAUUUGGGCUUCUGCACUCAAGUCGAUGGGAAAUGUCCAAUGUGCCAAUGAUUACUGUAUCAUGUAGAGCUAACUGUCCAGCUGAUUUUCAUGGGCCAUCGCUUAAUUGCUGGGCAACAGUCAAGAAGCAAAGCAAUGAUCAAGGUCAGCCGUGCACGACAUAAAUCAUUUUUAUUUUAGGUUUUUUUUCACUUUGCCACAUGAAUUACUGAUUGAGUACGAUGAGAUUGAUCCCACGUGCAAACAUGGGUUCAUCGUCACAGUACUCCCACGUGAUGGAUUGGGUUGAUGCACAAUACACUUUAUCCAUUGCUCUUGGCUUUGCUCAUUGCCCUUUAAUGAAAGGGACAUUACUGUACAGCUAUGAGAUAAGGGCUGACACUUGGAGCCCUGAUUUAAAUGUUGGACAAAGUGCAAAGUCUGAAGUCUGACUAAUGCUAUCUUUAAUAGCUGUGCAAAAUCUAUUUGCAAAAUAUAAUUCUGUGAGCAAGAUCCCAAGCACAAGUUUCCGUGUGUCAGCUAAAAGCGGUCACAUGCCACACGAUGCCUUUCGUUUACGCAACGUUACUGACGAGACUGACUUUGCGCUUUGCCUGGCAUAUCAGGGCAUUUGCACAGAUGCGGCGCAGAUUACGCCCAGGUGUGUUCCAGGUGUGGUCGAGGACAACAUGAUGCUUUCUAUCAUCAGCCUCUAUCCUUGGUCAUGAGUGUGUGUGCAUUAAUGCUUGAGAAUGUCUUUGUACAUUUCAUGUUUGUGCCGCCCAGGAGACUGUGUACUGUAGGAAGCAAGUCACUGUGCCACUGAAACAUGGGUCUUAAAAGCAGCCGAGAGCGUGAGCCUGCCGUCCCCAAGCUCAGAGCAGUGGCCUGGGUGCUGUCUGCGUUCGGCCCCUACUGUAUAUGCACUGUUACAGAUUCCUGUUCACUUUUCCAGUCUUAACUACACAGAGGAUGAUUGUGUUUUAGAUUAUACAUUAAAUCUUAUUUUAAA